UUAAGUACGCGCCAUUUCUUGUAAGACGGAGUCGUCUUUUUUAACCAGAGAUUUCAAGUAAUUUCACUAAAAACAACGUUCAUAAGAUGGCAGAAACGAGCUCAGAAGCGACCUUAAGUCGUUUAAAUGAAGAGGAAACUGACAGUGAAUUGAUAAUGUACAAAAAACAGGCUGUUAAUGUGGUUACUUUCAAAAUCGUUUAUGAUGCAGAUGAUAUUGGUAAAAAGGAUGGGCAAUUCAAGCCUUUUAUGGCCCAUCAGGUGUUUGGAGAAAGCGAAUCAAUUUUCGGGUACAGAUCACUGUCUAUCGACAUUUAUUACAUGCACAAUUCGUCCAGAUGUUAUGUUGAUCUAAAGAGCUCUGGCAAAAUUAAAAAAGAUUUGUAUGAAGCCGACGAUAUUAUAAAGGCGUUAGAUGGAUGGCUUCCAGAAAAUUACAGUGUUGAUAAAAAAGACUUUCUAAAGCAAAUUGAGAGUGAGGAACAUGAUAAAAUAUAUGGGGAAAUUUUGGGGGAGUUCAAAGAUACACAAGAGGUUCCAAAUUUUCCGGAUAAAAAUAUAAACGCAACUUAUAAAAUUGCCAUGAUGGAUCUAAAAGAUCCCAAUUUUAUAGAGCUUCACAAAAAUUUCGAAACCCUGAUUGUGUGGUUUAUCGACGCAGCAAAUUUCAUAGAUUUGGAGGACGAUAAAUGGAUGAUAUUUUAUGUAUACGAGGAGUUUAAUCAUCCAGACACAAAAAAACUGAUGAGGUCGCCCGUAGGAUUCUGCACCUUGUACAAAUUCUUUCACUACCCUGACAAGAUCAGAGCGCGCAUCAGUCAGUACUUUAUUUUGCCUACGCAUCAGAGGAGGGGAAUCGGUUCGAAAAUGUACAAAAUCGUUUUUGAACAUCUCAGGAACAUGCCUGAUGUCAUUGAUAUAACAGUUGAAGAACCGACCUCAACAUUCCAAAAAAUAAGAGACAUAAACGAUUCCCAAUUGAUUUAUGAUAGCUUGAAAGGCAACAAGUUAGAAAUAAAUAUAGGCAACCGAAAAAAAAUAAACGAGCUCAUGAAAAAAGUGAAAUUAUGCAAGAAACAGUCAGCGAGAAUUUUCGAUAUUUUGGGAUGCCACAGGGCAAAAAAAUGCGGCCCUUUCGAGUACAACAAUUGCUUGAACACUAUUAAAAGAAGAAUUGAAAAUGACUUGGAGAGGGAACAAAGGGCUGGAAAAAGGUUUUGCCCGAUACAGGGUGCUACUCUUGCGGCAAUAGACACGAAAAGUCUUGUCGAGUCGGAAUUUAAACGUUACAUCGAGGACAUCACUCCGUCUGUUAAAUAUUUGGUGGCAAAUAUGUUGUAAAUUAUAUUAACGAUUAAAUUAUUACUACCUUUUAACGUGUUAAGUAUUAAAACUAAAUAAGUGUUAUUAUUGAUUUUGUACAAUUUUUUUUUGAAUAAAAAACAUGAAUAUAAAAUAAAAAUUUAUUGACU